AUGGUUCGCAUCGCAGGCAGAUCAUCAAGACAGCGCCCACGCGCCCGGUCCGAGAGUCUCCUACCUCCCUCAACAACUACUACACUGUCCGCAUCCACUUGGAUUCAAACACCAUCAGCUCCUCUUACCGCGACUUCUUCAGCCAGGUCUGCCACCUUGGACAGUACCAGCCAUCCACGGCGCAUCCCCAUCUCCACCAGGCUCUUCCGCCCCGUCAAGCCAUGGAUCUGGCGCUGGCUCAUCCUGACCCUCGCCGUGGCACUUUCAAUCUACUCGCUUCACCAACUAUACCUUCACUCAUCAGGCUUCCCGGCCCCAACCCAAUACUAUGACCCGGGUUUCUCCUUCCCACCAGAACAACACAACCUGCUCCGACCCCACGAUUCUCGCCAUGGCAAUAAUCGCAAGCAAAAUCACAACCCAGAGCGGUGGCUCCGUGAGAAUUCAUACCCCAGCCUAUUCGACGACGGUACCGGCGGCGGCAGCAGUGGACACCCAGCACGCUAUGGACUUUUCGGCACCUCUCCUGCUCAGCGGCCACGCGCUGCAAUUAUCAGCCUCGUGCGCAACGAGGAGCUCGACGGCAUCCUCCAAAGUAUGCGGCAGCUUGAGCUGCACUGGAACCGGAGGUUCGGUUAUCCUUGGAUCUUCUUCAACGAGAAGUCGUUCAGUGAUGAGUUCAAGGCAGCAACCACCAACGCCACCUCCUCCCACACAGAAUACCACCUCGUCCCCCGCGCACACUGGUCCACGCCCUCCUGGAUCUUGCCCACGCGCUACAUGGACAGCCUCGACUACCUCGGCACCAUCGGCGUCGGCAAGGGCCACAUGCUCAGCUAUCACGCGAUGAUCCGGUGGCAAUCCGGAUUCUUCUACCAACACCCGGCGCUCGACGCCUACGACUGGUACUGGCGCGUCGAGCCCGACGUGCAUUUCUUCUGCGACGUCCCCUACGACCCGUUCCGCUUCCUCGCCGAGAACGAUCUCGUGUACGGCUUCAACAUGGCCAUUUUGGACGAUGCGCGCAGCUUCGCGUCCCUGUGGAGCGUCACCCGCGACUUCAUCACUAAGAACCCGGAGCUCGUCCACCCGGACGCCGACGUCGAUUGGCUGCUGGAUCCGCACAACGGCAUGGAGUACAACAACUGCCAAUUCUUCAGCAACUUUGAGAUCGGCUCGCUGGCGUUUUGGCGCGCGGAGCCGAACCGACGCUUCUUCGACCACCUCGAUCGCAGCGGUGGGUUUUUCUACGAGAGGUAUGGCGAUGCUCCGGUCCAUACGCUGAGCCUGGCACUUUUCGCCCGCAAGGAUCAGGUCUGGUUCUUCAGGGAUAUCGGCUACCAGCAUGAUAUCGCGAGGCACUGUCCUCCACCUCCACCUCCCAGCAACAACGGUAAGAAUUAUUACGAACACCGCUGCAUAUGCGAGCCAACCGGUCUGGACGACAACUUCUACAAGCUGGUCCCCAUGGAGAGCCCGCAGGUGAAACCCCGGGAUACGUGCAUCCGCUUGUGGCUGGGCGGUGACUGGUUGGAUACCAAGCCGGGAUGGAACCAGGAGGUCGAGCGCGCGUUUGGUGGGGAUGGGUACGGCGGGUAUGUUUUGGAUGGCUCGAGUUCGUGA